AUGAUGCUCCAUCCAAGCACCCCCUCGAGAUCGUCAGAAGAGAGCUUCUGCUUCUCUGCCUGGGAAACUCCGAGGCUGUCCGUAGCUGAGUCGAUAGGAAGGGAUGAGUAUCCCAGAUCAGCCUCCUGUCGAGCACCAGCGAACAAGAAGGCCAAAAGAAACAAGAAUGCUCCUCACUAUAGCCCUCGGUCUGCUGGGUCGGCACGUCGACCUCAGAGAUCGGAACACGUUUCCGAGCUUAUCAGAUUCUUCAAGGGCUGUGAUAUUCCCAUGCCAGACCCAUACGACUUCGACCUUGAUAGCCUUGAACUUAACGGGCAGUUACGGCAGUUGAAACAGCGCCAGAAUGAUUUUGGAAUACGAGAUGAAUCCCUCUCCCGGAGGAAGAAAUCUCCAGUUAAACUGUUUGCACCCGAUUUAUGGAGCCGUUCACCCGUUAGCAGGGACAAACAGAAAAACGAUCACUUGAACCCUGCCACUAGCAUGGAGAGCCUGCAGUACUCUCCUGGCACCAGAAGCCCUCGAGGUUCGCAUGAUAGCAACAUCGAUCGACCCACCGCAACCCCCAGGACAGAAGUGGAUGGUGAAUGUGCGUACCCAGGCAUUUCCGUACUACCUUCCUCCAAAGAAGCGCCUUCGAAUGUCCUCCCGACUCCAGAACCGUUCCCGUCGUCGGCUACCAUGGGGCAACUGUACGAUUUGUCUUCAGCAACACUCACGGGAGAUAUGUACGGAACCGAAAAGAUUGAAUGGACAGACACCUCAGCUGGCCGCGAAAUACUAUCUAGCCUCGAUACCAGUUCAGGGAUGCCAAUACAACCCAUGCCGAUACAACCUAACCCGGUGACUCGAAAUGGUAACAACAAGCCUCAGGCUCCAGCUAAAAGCGCGGUGCCUCAUAAUUGUGCCAAGGGUUCAGUUUACUGGCCUCAAGAUAAACCGCUUCCCAAUACACCCGAGAGCCAUGACCUGCAAUCAGAACAACAAAUUCAUAUCUUCAAACGAGACUCCAUCCGCGUUACAAGGUCAACCACUACUAACUCCGAGUUCAGUAAGCGGCACUCGAUUUCGACCACCUGCGAGUCGACCUUCAUUGACGUCCAAUGCCUUCCAGAAAGGACCUCGAGUCGAAAAGCCCGAAGGGCUGGACGAACCGAUUUCAGCAGCCUCUGUUGUCGAUUAUCUUGCCCUAUAUCUGAGGAUCACGCUAUCAACUACCCAGAUAGCUUCGAGAGUACCGACAAACCUGCAUCGAUUGACCCAGUUGACUCCAGCGAAAACCUAGAUUCAUCGACCCAGUCUGGAUCGAAAUCCCGAAAACUAAUCCCUGUAACAAUUGAUAGCUCCAGAAAGUACUCCGUCUCGUCGGAGCCAUCAUCUACCCCAUCGUCCAAUGUUUUCUCGGUGUCUGCAUUGUCUGGUUCUGCAAGCAGUAGUGCACUCACCUCCCCUCUUACGUGGCAAAAUCCAUCUCAUAAAUCUGAGGACAACGACCAACCGCAGCACUGUACUUCAAAGUCUGUGCCAUCUACACCUGUGCCAACCAUCUGUAACGGCACAUCCACCAACCCAUCCUCUACUGGGGACUCUCCAAAGUCUCCAACGAACAGUGCUCCAGAAAUCUCGAUCGAGAAAAAGGGAAGUUCAGACGCGGGACCCAAAGUUCUUCCAGCUCAUUUUCCCACUGUGCCUGUUCGAAACGCUAGCAGGUUGGAGAAUAUUCAUGCUUUAAGGAUGAGAGAUGUUGCUGCCGCCCGAGCUGCGCUAAAAGGAUCGAACAAAGGCUUAUCUGCGCCGCAAACCGUUGACGCCGUUAGAGGUCGACAGGCCAGCUCACCAGCGAUCCUCAAUUGCAACACCUCACUACAUGGGAGCUCAAGAAGUAGCGAAGAGUCUGCAUCCUCUCCCAUCGGUUUUGCCACGCCCACAAUCCAAUCCACCGUAUCAAAGGAUACGGCGGAAGGAUCUCAUUGUGAUUCUGCUGCCAAGUCUUCUGUUGGCGGGUCGCCUUUAAGGACAAUUAUGCCAGAUGGCUCCGUCUUUACAGACCGAGCCAUGAGGGAAAGGUCAUUUAGGCAUAAACAUAAUGCAUUCUCCAUAUUAGCUGGAGGAUCCUUACCGAGCAGCCCCCGGCACUCGCAGUCAUUCCCUGCUCCCGUACCUCAAAAGCCAUCAUUGAUGAGCCCGCGAAGCGUGGCUGGACUGCGAGCCUUGGAGAGCGUAUCACGUCCAGUUUCACCAUCACUACCAUCAUCGGAUGAUGAAGGUAUGGGGACCAGAGCCCAUAGCGGCAAGUCAAGGCGGUCUACACGAUCAAAUCCUAACCGAAACCGUCAAAACUCGCCUCUCAAACUUGACAACAGUACCAUGGCUCGUAAAUUUUCUCACGAUGAAGCCUUCCCUCUUACACCACCAGGCGCAAACGCAACUCGUACUGGCGACCCUGACUCUCUUUUAUCUCCAUACUCUCCUACCUCCUUCAAAUACUACUUUCCAACCUCCGAAUCAUCCCUAGCAACUCCAUCACAUCAACAACAAUUCCUACAAGACCGCGUCUUCUACCUCGAACGCCAAAACAAGAUGCUUCAAUCCGCCUUACUUUCUGCGCUUGAGGUUGGUGCUAAAUGUGACGCCCAACGGGAUCGCAAGGGACUCUCCCGCUCCUCAACUGGCGAUGGCGUUAGCGAUGAAAUCAUUGACAUGCUCAAUCUAUAUCGUGCUUCAUACGAUAGUGGUUCUGGCAUGGCUACCGCCUCUGCUACCGCUAUUAGGAGCGAAACCAGACGUUCAACCAUUUCCCCUAAUUCCGGCGAAAUUUCGUCUUCGUCCACUACCACUUCUAGACUAUCGGUGCAAGGUAGAUUCCUAGCACGACCAUCUACUUCUCCCAGUACAGCUAAGGAGAGAGCUCGUCGGCAGCGCAUUGAACCCCAUCACCGCGCUGGCGAUGUUAUAACUUUGAGAUAA